CAGACCCUUUAUAUAAAUUCCUAAAUCAGACAUGGAUAGGGAGGAAUUUUAUAAACCAUGGUUCAGCAAGUGACUUAACAGUGUGAAAUAUGUUAAAUCUAAUACAAUUAAGAAUAAUUAUGAAAGGAAGCAUGCCCAGAAAGGGUUGGCAAAUUUAUUUUUCUGAACUCCCCAGAAAAGGGGGGUACAGAUACUUGUUAGUAUUCACAGAUAACUUUUCCAGAUGGCCAGAGGCCUUUCCUUGCAGAACAAAUAAGGCAGGGGAAGUGACAAAGGUUUUGUUGAAUGAAAUACCCCGAUUUGAGGUAUCCAUGAUUAUUUUGUCAGAUAGAGGCACUCAUUUUUGUGCACAAGUAGCACAAUAGGUUAGUAGAGCAUUAGGGAUUGAUUGGCAGUUGCACACUCCAUACUGACCACAGGCUAAUGGCCAGGUGGAGAAAAUGAAUCAGCUGAUUGUUGCUGAUAAAACAAUAUAUAACAGCAUUAGGAAAACAGCUAAAACAAAUCAAUAUUUUGGGUACCAGGGCAAGGGGCUUGGAUUAUCCCAUCAACCCCUUUAAACCUGGAGACUACGUAUGUGUUAAAAACUUUUUUCAGGUCAGCAACUGGCAGAAAAGUGGAAAGGAUCUUUAGAAUGGAAAGUGAUUUCAUAAAGACUACUAAAGCCGUGUUUAAAAUGAAUAAAAUAGUGUUUACAUUUUAUAUGAUUGUUUUCAAUAUUAUAAGUGGUUUUGCUUGGAGAGAAAACGUAUAUCUUAAUAUAACUCAACAACUUGUUACCAGUGCUACCUCAUCUGAAUGUUGGACGUGUAUAAAAAUUCUUCGAGGAAAUAUGAAAAUUCCCUUGUUUGGAGUAGCAUCUUCAAAUUGGAUAUGGAUGUCCAGAGGUGUGUUUAACUCCAGUAGGGAAAGAACGAUGUAAAUUUGGGAAAGAAAUAGUGUCUGGCAAAGGGCCAAGAUUUGAUUUGAUAAUAUUAAAUCCCAAUCAGACUCCUUUUGAAGAGCAAAAUGAUAUAGGGGAAAAUGUAGGAUUUAGGAAUGUUACUGGAAUAGGUUGCACUUCAGAUCUUGAUAAUGCAGGGGAAAUAACUAAUGGCAUUACUGCAUGGGUACAGGGAGAAAACUGCAGCUUUAGGCAGAAAACUGCCUAAUCGACUUCAUGUUGUAGGUGCAGGAGUAUCCUUAUUGAACCAAUCAUAUUGUAAAUUACCAUAUGGAUACUGGUGUUUAUGUGGAGAGGGUGUGCUAGAAAGACCUUACCACAAAACUGGACAGGAACUUGUACAGCUGGCUAUCUUAACUCUGCAGAAAACUAUCCAUAAGGAGCUAAAAGGACACAGCAAUUAGCAAACUCUGUCCUGUCAGGGAAAGCAGAAGACAGUAAUCAAUUAGCAAACCCUGUCCAGCUGGAGAAGUCAAAAGACAGUAAGCAAUUAUAUAAUGAAAUCCAAGAGGAACUGCAAAAGCAACUAGGAUUCCCUGCUUUGUGAAAGUUUAUUUGUAGAUCUGACUGAAAGAAUAGCCAAAGAACUAAGUCUGCCUGGUUGUUUGGUAUAUGGAGGUCCUUUAAUGCGUGAAGAAUGGCCCUGGAAAGGAACCAGUCUGGAUCCCCUCCAAAUAUUAAAAUGAAAUCAUUCACUCAGUUCAGAAGAAAGGACAAGACCAUUGGGGUGUGUACUAAGUUCCCAAGUAGUUGGUAUAGAAUGCAUAAAUCAUAUAAGAUAUGGAGAGUGAGUAAGAGAGAACCCCUGUAAAUGGGUAUAUACCCACAAUGGCACUCAUGGGACCUGGUGGCCUGAAAAAACCCCUGUGGUAUUGGUCCAAAUAUAAUAACAAUUGUACCAAGGCCACUGAUCCUGAAGUUUUGGAAGAACCCAGGAAACACCUCUAGGAACUGGUGUAAGAUGUAGUUGUGUUAGGUCAAGAGAUAACCUGAAGGGAGUCUCCAGACAUGGCUGGAUAAGCUAAAAAAUAAACAUUCUUUGAGGACAUUUUGUGUAACUUUCAAAAACCACAACAGCUUAGACAAAACUUAAUUGUACCCUUGCCUAAAUCAAAAUAUUUCACAUAUUUUAUUAGCCUGACAUGUCACUCCCCUUGAAGCUGCUGAACAGGGCUACUGCUUUGCUGUGUCACGGGGUGGAGGGGAAUGAGACUGAAGUCUGGUGGCCACUCCACAUCAGCAGCCACAUCAAAGCCCAUGUGUGCAGCAAGGAUGAGUCGGGAAGAAUGAGCUCAACAUUAUGUCUUUGCCACUCGUUUGCCUAUCAGGAUGACCAAACUGGUCCCUGGUCAGCCCUGGCUGCAUAUCUAUGCAAGUAUGCAGUGUUUCACCACAGCCACAGAACAAAGAAUGAGAGGUGAUCCUGAAAACAGAAGGUUUAUUAAUAAGGUUUAUUAAUAGAAACCAGUAUAUGUUGUACUUGGAUGACUUAUGGAUAUGGAAAACGUGGGGUUUGUGUGUUGGAAAUGGCUUUAUGUAUGACCCUGGAGUUUUCUGGAUCCCUAUGCUUUGGUGGAGGUUGCACUGACAGGGGAUGAAGCAACCCGCUGUGUCCCUUACUGGUGCCACUGAUGAAUGGUAAAGAAGAUGAGGAGCUGGGCUGACUGAUACCCCAGAUGUUAUCACUCCGGAAGAGACUAUAAGAGAAUGAGAGGAGUUGGUCAUAAUUGGAGUUCUCGCUCAGCUUGUCUGAGAUGCCACUGACUUCAACAUAACAUCAUGAAUCCAAUCCCUCUGAGCACCGGAGCAUCUGCAAAAACUUCACCUGCGGCAGCUUCAUGGGAACAUCUAAAAAGACUUUAUCACUGAACUCUGGACAGGUCUUAUGGUCCCUCACAAAUACUUACAUGAGAAUUAAUUGGCUAUAAGCUGUGUAAGCGGAGCUCAGGCCCCGCCUCCCUCGGGCUGUGAGAGGCUCUCCCGCCCCGCUGCGCGCUGCGCACGGCGCCCUCCCGGCGGGCGGCACAGAGUGGGCUCAGCCGCCAAUCGCGGGGCGGCCCCGUCGGCGGCGGACGCCAUGGCUGACGAGAUCAGCAAGGCCCAGGCCGCCCGGCCCGGGGGCGACACCAUCUUCGGGAAGAUCAUCCGCAAGGAGAUCCCCGCCAAUAUCAUCUACGAGGACGAGCAGUGCCUCGCGUUCCAUGAUAUUUCACCCCAAGCUCCAACACAUUUCCUAGUGGUUCCUAAGAAGCCAAUUGUGAGAUUAUCCGAGGCAGAAGAUUCUGAUGAAUCUCUUCUUGGGCAUUUAAUGAUUGUUGGCAAGAAGUGUGCUGCUAACCUGGGCCUCACCAAUGGAUUCCGGAUGGGUGAUGAAGGACCUGAGGGUGGGCAGUCUGUGUAUCAUGUACAUCUCCAUGUUCUGGGUGGUCGUCAAUUGGGCUGGCCUCCUGGCCUAAGAUUUUCAUAACCACAAGGGUUAACUGCAUGCAUGCAAUCACCACCAA